UGAAGCCACAAGCCGCGGGAAUCUCGUCGUCGCGUCAGCGGACGAGGCGCAGGUGGCUCCACAUCUCCAAACUUUGAGGUUCGUCACGCGUCCUUUUCGCCCUCCGAUUUCGGUGGCGCGCUGUGAACUCCCACGAUUCUGUCCUCCCGAAUCUGUCCGUGUUUGUAUGUACGUUGUCGACGUUGUGUGCUGUGGUGGUGUCUGCAACGUGUAUUCGAAAAUGACGGCGUUUGCGUUAAUAUCUUGGAGACAGGGACGAGCAUGAGGCCUAUAUCCCCUCCUCCUCCAUCUCCUCUCCUCAAUGUCCAGGGAAGAAGGCAGCACCUGACUCUGGUCUUUUACCACCUCUGCAACGGAGGAAGCCUAGAAUGUUUCCCUCCAUGUCUCUGCUCUGGUACCAUAUCAGUGGUGAACCAGUAGAAUCACAUACGAGGAGCAGCGGCAGCAGCUUCUCCGCUACCGAGGAGUGCUGGCGCUCUAUCGAAGGCGAUAACGCAUGCGCCCAUGGCGAAGCGUCACGACGGCCGGACUACACGCUCCUCCUCGAGCCAAAACAAGACGCCCUCGCUGCGGUCAUACGCAGCGCCCGGCACCGCCUCCCCUCCCUCCUCCCCGACUUCUUCAACGCCACCCUCGGCGCCAGCGACUUCUGCGGCUCCCUCGUCGAGUCGAUCCGCCGCGCCCGCGUCGACCAGAUCGAGCUCCACGAGGGCUUCCCGGUCCCCGACGCUCGGCGGCGGCCCGUGACGGCUACCCUCCGCCGCCUCUCCAGGCUCCACAACCCCUUCUCCGACUCCGCACGGCUCCAGUUCGAGAGGAUCCACCAGGCGUUCGACCCGCUGGUGCGGCGGCUCAUACAUGCGCACCGCCGGGCGAUGCGGCGGCUGAGCCAUGCCGACUUGGCCGCCAGGGCCGCGUCGUUCUUCGCCUGCGGGGUGGCCGUGACGAUCCAGGCCCCGUUCGCGCGCGCGGAGGCGCAGCUCGGCGCCGCCGCGAGGGGAGCGUUCGCGCUGGACCGGGACUUCGACACCAUGGGCAGCAUGGUGAGGAGGUUAGGCGACGAGAUCGAGCACACGAGGAACGUGAUCAAGCUGUUCACCGACGACGGUGACGACGACAUGGGAGAAGGGCUGAUGCUGAAGGAGGUGGCCAGGGAGCUGCAGGUGAGCGGGUGCGAGUUCAUGAACAAGCUCGCGGAGCUCGAAGAGCACGUCUCUACGUGCUUCCUCAACAUCAACAGGACGAGGAGGAUGGUGAUACAGGAGAUAGUGGCUCACCAGCAACGACAGAUCUAUACAACUGAAGCCUUGGAUUAGGCUCUUUUAAUGUGUAUUUAGUCGAUUUCAACUGUGAAUCUUAA